CUCAGUCAAUUACAACUCAGUCCGUUAGCGGCAUUUAAGCGCGCAGUGAUACGAACCAAAUCUAACGAAAAUUCAAAAUGUUAACAGAAGUUUUAUUGUGCAUUUGUGCAGUGAUUUGCCUGUAUUUAUCCUACAGCUAUGCUGUUGGACGUCCUGAAGGAUUUCCACCGGGACCUCCACGCAUCCCACUAUUCGGCAGUUAUUUAUUCAUGAUGCUGGCCGAUAUGAAAUAUCUGCACAAAGGCGUACUGAAAUUCAGCAAAUGGUAUAAAUCGGAUAUUGUGGGUUUUCAUGUUGGCCCUUUUCCCGUUGUGGCUGUGCAUAAUGCCGAAGGUGUUAAGGAGAUAUUAAAUAGGAGAGAAUUUGACGGACGCGCUCAAGUGUAUCUCGCAUCAAUGCGAGCGCCAAGUAAUGAAGUCUUAGGUAUUUUCUUUCGUGAAGGUCCCAUCUGGAAGGAGCAACGUCGCUUUGUACUGCGCUUUUUACGCGAUUAUGGAUUCGGUCGUCGUUUUGACGAACUAGAAUCGGUCAUCCAAGCAGAGAUCACUGAUCUUUUGGAUCUCAUACGCAAUGGGCCACGCUAUCCGCACGAACAUGAAUUGUCCAAACCGGGAGGAUACCGAAUUUAUCUACCAAAUAUACUCAGCCCUUUUGUAGCAAAUUCAUUUUUCCACAUUGUCAUGAAUGAGCGACAUUCACGCGCGGAGCAAGCGGAUUUACUGCAUUUGGUCAAAAUGGGUAUGCAAUUUCAACGCAAGGCCGACGAUUAUGGUAAAAUGUUGAGCAUUAUGCCAUGGAUACGUAAUGUCUUUCCGAAAUCGAGUUCUUAUGAGGCGCUGAUGGAAUCAAAUGUUGCCGUCUACAAAUAUUUUGAGAAAAUCGUUGAUUAUCAUUUGCAUACCUACGAUGAGUGUUGUGAGCGAAAUUUCAUUGAUUUAUAUAUCAAAGAAAUGAGGAAAGAGCACGAAGAGGGGCGCACAGAAUGUUACAAUCGUGAACAGUUCAUCAUGAGUUUGGCAGACUUUUCUUUUCCUGCCUUUACAGCUGCUGGCGCACAAAUGGGUUUUCUCAUACAAUAUUUCCUCUGGUAUCCGGAGGUGGUGAAACGUGUGCAAGCGGAAAUCGAUGCGGUAGUGGGAAGAGGACGAUUACCAACGCUGGAAGAUCGUAAAAAUUUACACUACACUGAGGCUACAUUGCGAGAGGGUUUGCGCAUUGAGACUUUGGUGCCAUCCGAUUUGCCACACAAAGCAUUAGUUGACACGGAGUUAAUGGGUUUUAAGAUACCGAAGGAUACAAUUGUAAUACCGAGUCUCUAUGCCUUUCACUCGGAUCCACGUGUAUGGGGUGAUCCGGAGAAGUUCAGGCCUGAACGUUUUUUGGACGACAAUGGGAAAUUGUGCUUGAAAAAGGAUGUUUCACUGCCUUUUGGUGCUGGCAAGCGUCUUUGUGCAGGCGAAACUUUUGCUCGGAAUAUUAUGUUCUUAAUUACAACAGCUCUGUGCCAGAAUUUCAACUUUGUCUUGGCUCCUGGUGAUGAGUUACCCGAUUUGUCCAAAAACUACAGCGGCCUCUCUAUAACGCCACUCGAUUUUUGGGUGCAGUUAGAGGAAAGAAAGUAGUUUAUGUUACUUAGAUUUAUUUUAUUGUUACUUAAAUUUACAAAUUGUUAUAUUAUUUUAAAAAGAAAGUCUGAGAAUGCUUGAAUUUGUAUUAGCAAAGUUUUAGUUGGGGUAUGAAAGCCAAAUAUGUACAUAGCAACAUGCAGCAGAAAUUAUUAAUAGAUAUGUAUAUAUACCUUAUAUCUUAAGAAAUAUAUCUUAUAAAGCAAAAUAAUAUAUAUCUUAAGAAAUAUGUCUUAUAAAACAAAAAAUUAAAACACAUAAAUUAAGAAAAAUAAAAUAAGGAUGAAAAUGAAACGAUUGCAUUCUAUCAAAAAAGUACCGGGAAUUGUUUAA